ACGCCUCCACUCACGAGGAAGAGAAAGGCGGCCGCGGCGACGCCUGUAGAUAACCAACCUCGAACAGCCGCCACCAAGGCUUCCGUCGCCCUCUCGCCAGCCGCCACCCGAACGUCUCCUUCGGCCCAGUCCUCCCGCAAAAAGCCCAAGCCCACCGACCAAGAUCUGGAUUCCGAUUCUACAUCAGCCACCCCGGGAAGCUUUUCGGUUCCCGUGCGAGCGAAGUCGUCGCCUGAUCUCAAUACCCCGGCGUCUACCAGCAUGGAGUCGGAUGAGGACUUCAUGAGCGUGGGGUCUAGCCCGGAUGACUUUCUGGAUACCCAAGGAAGUGACGUCGAGAGUCUCGGAGAUGACUUCGGUGACGAUUUCGAUGGCGGAUUUUCCAAGGACAAGGACAUUAUUGCGACGAAACGGAAGCCCUACGAGGUCGAGUUCAAUGUCUUGAGCCCAGGGGAUAUCGACCGGCAACAAAAUUUGCAGAUUAACGAGGUCUCGUCUAUCCUAGGACUGCCACCAGAGUCGUCGGCUAUUCUGCUGCGAUACGGACGAUGGAAUCGGGAGAAAUUGAUUGAGUCCUACAUGGACCAUCCUGAAACGACGCUGGAGGAAGCAGGCCUCGGCACCAACUUUGAAGGAACGCCAAAAACCGAAGUAAUACCAGGGUUCAUGUGCGACAUCUGCUGUGAGGAUGGCGAUGACCUUGAAACAUAUGCCAUGCGUUGCGGCCAUCGGUUUUGUGUGGAUUGCUAUCGCCAUUACCUCCGGCAGAAGAUUCGGGGGGAAGGUGAAGCAGCCAGGAUAGAAUGUCCGGGUGAUACGUGUAAUAUGAUCGUGGACUCUAAAACACUAGGUCUUCUGGUGACCGAAGAUCUCAAGGAAAGGUACCACGAGCUUCUUACACGGACAUAUGUUGAUGACAAGGACAACCUCAAAUGGUGCCCGGCCCCGAACUGUGAAUAUGCGGUCGAUUGUUCUAUCAAACAACGUGACCUUCGUCGCAUUGUACCUACGGUGCAAUGUGACUGCAAGCACUACUUUUGCUUCGGGUGUACCCUAAAUGAUCACCAGCCGGCACCCUGUACACUGGUAAAGAUGUGGCUCAAGAAGUGCGAGGACGAUUCGGAGACGGCAAAUUGGAUUUCGGCCAACACGAAGGAGUGUCCCAGGUGUCACUCAACGAUUGAGAAGAAUGGCGGAUGCAACCACAUGACGUGUCGCAAGUGCAAGCAUGAGUUCUGCUGGAUGUGCAUGGGACUGUGGUCUGAACACGGCACCAGCUGGUACAACUGCAACCGCUUCGAAGAGAAAUCCGGAUCAGAGGCCCGAACUGCGCAGGCGCGAUCCCGGGCGUCGCUGGAACGCUAUCUCCACUACUAUAACCGAUACGCCAACCACGAGCAAUCAGCCAAGCUCGAUAAGGAUUUGUAUCUCAAGACGGAGAAGAAGAUGACGAGUCUACAGUCGCAAUCUGGGCUCUCCUGGAUUGAGGUACAAUUUCUCGACACCGCAUCGCAGGCGCUCCAGCAAUGUCGCCAGACGCUGAAGUGGACGUAUGCCUUUGCAUACUAUCUCUCGCGCAACAACCUGACCGAGAUCUUCGAGGAUAACCAGAAGGACCUGGAGAUGGCGGUAGAGAGCCUGAGUGAGAUGUUUGAGAAGCCUGUACCGGAGCUGGCGAACUUGAAGGUCGACAUCUUGGACAAGACGGCCUACUGCAACAAGCGGCGGGUGAUCCUGCUGAGCGAUACUGCGGAGAAUCUGAAGAAUGGUACGGCGCUCCUGUUCUUUAGUCCCAUGACUGUUGUUACAUACUGACUCGUGCUCUAGGAGAAUGGACCUUCAAUGUGGAUUGGUAGACUAGAGUGUAUAGAAUGAUCGGACAUCCAACCUCCGGGGACACCCAC